GUCUCCAACAUUCGACGAGAUUUCAGAAAGCGACGUGGCAGAGGUGCCCCACCUGACUGACCCGCUGGCAUCAGCAAAAUUUGCGAUGCACGCAGAGGUUGCGGCGUUUCAGCGCCAGUCGGAGAGGACCGAGCUGCUCCGACGCCAGGUGGCUGCGCUCGACAGAAAGUUCGAAACUGCAAGCACUGAUUUCCAACGGCUGGCAGAGGAGGCCGCUGCACUGGCCGCCUACAAGCUGGAAGCCUCGUUUCGUACAGAGCAGCUGGACUGGAAGAAAGAGCUGCAAGCAUCUCUGGACACAGUACUGGAGCAAAGAGAACACAUGGCAUCCAUGGCACGUGAAGCUGUAGAAGCUCGCUUUCAACAAGAGUUAGCGAAGCAGUUCAAGGCAUCGGAUGAAAACCUCAGCUCCCUCCGGAAAAACAUGGAUGCAGAAUUUGAGAAUUUCGCAGAGAAGGUUCAUUGUAUCAACUCCAGGAUCGACUCAGUGCAUGAACAUGUAGAGAAGGUGGACCAUCUGUCCUGCGAGAGAGCCAAGGAAGCAGCGCACACUGUGCGAUCCGCUUUGGUCGACUUUCGCAUGGUCGAUCUUCGCAAGCAGGCAGACACCUCCAAGGAGUUGAGGUUCCUCCUAUCCCGCGUUGCCAAGGGAAUGCGAAAGCUUGGCCAGUUUGCGAUGGCACUCCAUGGAGCGCCCAGAGCUCAUCCAGCGGAGCUGAGUGCCCUGCUGGCCAUUGAUCCAGGGACGAACCCUGCAGACUACUGGAGUGCUCGUCGGGGCUGGGAUGUCGAGGCCAUCAAGGCAGACAUUCGCAUCGCCUGCCAGCCUCGUGGAGCUCUGCCGGGCCAGAGAGACGGUACCUUCUCGACAUUGGCAUCUGCUGUGCGCGCACGCAGCGCUGGUGAAGGCGUGCAGCAAAGAUCCUCCCAGGAAGGUCAAACAAAGACCGGAUUGCACCCGCAGAUGGAGCGCCGCGAGCUGCAUGGCCCGCAAACGGGCAGAAAACCUGCUCUUGGCUCCAAGGUGUUGCCUGACAAAUUGCCUGACAUAGACAACGAGGGUAGGCCGUACAACUUAAAGCUGGUUGUGGUCAACUUCAACAAUGUCGGCACCAGUUUCGGGAUGAUCUUCAACGGAGAUAAAGAGCCAAAGUACAACUGGGAAGGUGUUCGUCGAUGUGUCAAGGAGUUGGCCAGAAGAGGCUUCAAGAUCAUCGGCGUAAUUUAUCAAAGCUGGAAGGGAUGGGAUGGCGACGAGAUCGUCAAUGUAGUGCCUCAGGACAUUCGGAGCCAUUGCGAGUCUAUACAAGAGACUCCCAGAAUCGUCGGAGGCAACCAGAGGAGUGCUGAUGACGAAAUGACAAUCAAGUGUGCAUAUCACAGAAAUUGUCGCCUUCUGGACAACGAUAACUAUAAGGACUGGCUGCAUACACUGCGGAAAGCGGAAAUCCGAAACUGGUAUUCAUUUAGCCAAGACCGCAUCCACAUGAAGUACUUCUUUGAUUCAGAAGUUGGUUUCUUCGAGACCUUGGAUGGCAACGCUGCACGCGGGGCCAGUGAAGAGCCCGAGGAGCGCCGACCUCGCCAGGCCGCGGCCACGGACGACCGGAUUUGCGUUACUCCGCCAGAAGACGGCGACGGCCCGAACUCAAAGCGAGCCGCGCUCUCUAGCGCCUUGAGCAUGGGCGCGCCAGCCCCCGUUCUUGUGCCGACGGAAGCAGGCAUUCGGCACCAUAGAGGUCCGACGAUCACGAUGCCAUCCGCCAAUCUGGAUCCAUCUCAGACUGUUGAUCUGACUGCAGAGCUUGCGCCGAAGCGCCUAUGGGCAACAAAGAUGGAUGUCAACACCUGCAAGGCUGGUUGGACUCCCUUGUGCACAGCCGCAUCGCAGGGCAAGGUCGAGUCUGUCAAGCAGCUAUUGAUGCUAGGUGCAGAUCCAAACAUCCCAAAUGGGUUCGGAGCACAUCCGGUUUUCUAUGCUCUACGCAAUUGGAGCCUGCGUAUGUUUCGGCUGCUGGUGAAGCACGGAGCAGAUGUACGACGUGCAAGGAGCGAGCGGGGAGAGUCUUUACAGGCUUAUGCCGAGAGAAAGGUGCAACAGGCGGCGGAGUCAAGAGCCUUCGGGGCUGCCCAUUUUUCAGCUGCAUCGUGCCAGGAGCUCCUGGACAAAGUUGGUGCGCAGAAGGCAGCCAAGUUGGCUCUCGAUGCUGUCGCUGAAGCGAAAGGAGCUGCGAAACGUCGCAAGCUUCGCAGCAAUGGGUUGGUACCUUGUUUCAACCAGUUGCCAGUGAGGCAAUACAAGCAGUUCUGUGUGGCAGUUUGA